AUGGCCAAAAUUGGAAUGCAUGAGCCUCAUCAUAUGCGAGUUAUAUGCAUUGGUGCUGGGAUAUCCGGUAUUGCAGCAGCAUACAAAGCCCAGAGACAACUCGUCAAUAUAGAGCUGGUCAUUUACGAAAAGAACCAUGAUGUAGGUGGGACUUGGUUAGAGAACCGUUAUCCUGGGUGUGCCUGCGAUAUUCCAGCCCAUUCCUACACCUUCUCGUGGGAGGGGAACCCCGAGUGGUCCAGGUUCUAUGUCGAAGCACCGGAGAUAUUUGACUACCUGAAGAAGUGUGCCGGAAAAUGGGGUUGCAUGAACUUUAUCAAGUUGAGACACAGAGUUAUCGGGGCCACCUGGGACGAGCAAGCUCUUAAAUGGACCGUCAAAGUCCAAGGGCCGGAUGGCACAGAGAUCAACGAUAUUUGUGAUGUUCUCAUCAGCGCGACAGGGCCAUUGAAUAAAUGGCAAUGGCCGGAUAUCCCUGGCCUGGACGACUUCAAGGGUCUACGCCUGCACCCAGCAACAUGGGAUGCGAGUGUAGACCUCUCGGGAAAGAGAGUCGCGGUUAUAGGAGCUGGAUCAUCUGCUCUUCAAAUCGUUCCAACUAUCCAGCCCGUUGUCUCUAAGCUCGUCAACUUCAUCCGCUCGCCAACUUGGGUUACGGCAGAAUAUGGUCAGGCUUUUGCUCGUGCCGGAAGAGACACAAGAUUCACGGAAACUGAAAUCAACAGCUUUAAGUCCGACAACGAAGCAUUUCUAGAGUACCGCAGAAAGCUUCUCGAUGCUUCAACCAAAGCCUUUGACCUUUACUUCAAGGAUACCGAUAUGCAAAGGCAAGCCUUCGAGGCAAAUAGAGCGGCUAUGCGAAAGCGACUCAAGGGCCACGAAGAGAUAUGCAACAAGCUUAUUCCCGACUUUGAGGUUGGAUGUAGACGCGUGAGCCCAGGGCAUGGGUAUCUAGAGGCUCUGAUUGAGCCAAAUGUAACUGCAGUUUUUGACGGGAUCAAGCUCGUCAAUGAGAUGGGAAUUCUUGACAACAAUAAUGUUCAGCACGAUGUGGAUGUCAUUAUCUGUGCGACUGGCUUUGACGUUUUGUAUCGACCUGCGCUCCCCGUCCUAGGACGUGGAGCCCAGGACUUGAGGGACUUUUGGAAUCAAGGCCCGAUCCAUUAUCUCUCAGUGGCAUCACCAAGGUUUCCGAACUAUUUCAUCGUGGGUGGUCCCAAUGCGCCCAUUAGCAAUGUUUCUCUCAUCAUGGGACUCGAGCUGGCAGUUGACUAUGCAUUCUCGUGUGUAAGAAAGAUGCAGACUGAGAAUAUUGGCAGUUUGGAGGUGAAACGGGAAGCCGCAGAUGACUUCCUUGAACAGAGAGAUAAAAUAAUGCAGGGCAUGGUAUGGACUGGGUCUUGCGUAAGUUGGUACAAGAACGGCAGUGAUAACGGUUCAGUUACGGGUCCUUGGUGCGGGUCUAUAUGGCACUAUAAGGAAACACUGGAAUCUCCAAGAUGGGAAGACUUUGAGAUUCAGUACCUUGAGAAGAAUCGCUUCGCCUACCUCGGAAAUGGCCGGACGCAUAGAGAGCUAAGUGGCGAAAGCAUGGCACGAACUUAUCUAAAAGAUCAUGGGCUGUAUUGA